CGGCCACAACCCCCCGGGGUAGCGAUCACCCUGGCUGGCCUCGGCAUUUUCCAAGCACAGGCAGCCAGUGAAUUUUCCUCGACGGCGACAGGGGGGAAAACUGCAAGCCUGCGGCAAUUUCCUGGCCAGCCGUCUUUUCGUUGUGCAGUCAUCCCAUUUGUGUCGCGGCCAGGAUAUUUUCUGUCACUACUGCCCUUGCCCGCUGGCGGAGGGGCUCGUGCCAGCAAACGCCAUCUCGAACCACUUCUUUUUCUCUCACUUCCGCGGGGGUUUUGCUUUUAUUUCCGAGACCCUUUAACUUCAGCAGAAGAGCUUUAAAGUCGUCGGGAACUCUCGGUACCACGACUGGUGAUAUUAAUUCCUCCCUCUUCGAUACACCCUCAUUUUAGCGCGCCGACCAGUACAGACUCCACGCAUCAGACAUGCCGCGGGUGUGCGAAAUCUGCCAGGGCGCCAAGGCCAUCCUGCGUCGGCCGAAAACCGGCCAGAGCAUCUGCAAGGAGUGCUUCUUCCGGGUGUUUGAGACCGAGGUACACAACACCAUCGUCGACAACAAGCUGUUCAGGCGCGGCGACCGCGUCGGCAUUGGCGCAUCGGGCGGCAAGGACUCGACGGUGCUGGCAUACGUGAUGAAGACGCUGAAUGAGCGGUACGACUACGGGCUCGACCUCUUCCUGCUGUCGGUCGACGAGGGAAUCUCAGGCUAUCGCGACGACUCGCUCGAGACGGUGAAGCGCAACAAGGAGCAGUACGAGCUGCCGCUACUGAUUGUCUCAUACGAGCAGCUGUAUGGGUGGUCCAUGGACGCCAUCGUGGAGACGGUGGGCCGCAAGAACAACUGCACGUUCUGCGGUGUGUUCCGGCGGCAGGCGCUGGACCGUGGCGCGCUGAUGCUCGAUCUGGACCAUAUCGUCACGGGCCACAACGCCGAUGACGUUGCCGAGACCAUCCUGAUGAACAUCUUCCGCGGCGACAUCCCACGGCUGGGACGGUGUACUGAGAUUGCGACGUCCGGCGACGGCUACAUUACGCGCUCGAAGCCAUUCAAAUAUGCAUAUGAAAAGGAAAUUGUCAUGUAUGCCUAUUUCCGGAAACUCGACUACUUCUCGACCGAAUGCACGUACUCGCCCAACGCCUACCGCGGCUAUGCGCGCGAAUUCCUGAAGGACCUGGAGGCCGUGCGGCCGUCGGCCAUCCUGGACAUCAUACAUUCGGGCGAAGCGAUGCAGGUGGCCAGUGAGGUGAAGCUGCCCAGCCAGACCUCGUGCGAAAGGUGCGGAUAUAUCUCGUCCAACCGUGUCUGCAAGGCCUGCGUGCUGCUGGAGGGGCUCGAGCGCGGCGUCCCCCAGCUGGGCAUCGGCAAAUCGGUGAAGAAGACCCAGGAUCUGCUUGCGGGCAGGACAGCCACGCGCUCGGGAAGAGCCGUGGAUGUAGUGCAUUUCGAUAAGCUGCGCAAGCACGCGCAGGAAAUGCGUCACGAGCGCUGCACCGGCUGCACCUGUGACACGAGCGCGCCAGGAACUUGAGGACUUUUUUUGCUCUGGCGUGUGGAUAAAAUAUAUCGACUUUUUGACUCGGUGGAA